AUGGCCGACGUCCACGAAGCUGGUGUUGUCGCAGAUCCCUCCCAGAUCGAUGUCAAACUUUUCAACCGCUGGAGCUUCGAUGAUGUUCAGGUUAAUGACAUUUCUCUGGCCGAUUACAUUGGAGUUGUGGCAUCCAAGCAUGCCACCUAUGUUCCUCACACUGCUGGUAGGUACUCUGUGAAGCGGUUCAGGAAGGCCCAGUGCCCAAUUGUUGAGAGGCUCACCAACUCUCUCAUGAUGCACGGCAGAAACAAUGGCAAGAAACUCAUGGCUGUUAGAAUCAUCAAGCAUGCUAUGGAAAUUAUUCAUUUGUUGACUGACCUGAACCCCAUUCAGGUUAUUGUUGAUGCUGUCAUCAACAGUGGUCCCCGUGAAGAUGCAACAAGAAUUGGUUCUGCUGGAGUUGUAAGGAGACAGGCUGUGGAUAUCUCACCCCUUCGCCGAGUUAAUCAGGCUAUCUAUCUUUUAACAACUGGUGCACGGGAAGCUGCAUUCAGAAAUAUCAAAACUAUUGCAGAAUGCUUGGCUGAUGAACUUAUUAAUGCAGCCAAAGGGUCAUCCAACAGUUACGCUAUCAAGAAAAAAGAUGAAAUUGAGAGAGUUGCCAAGGCCAAUCGUUGACCAGCUUGUGGAAACUAUAUUUGCAGAUUUUUGUUUUGGUCUAUGUUUCUUCAUUUAAUAUUUGUGGAUCUUUUGCUUGCAUUAGUUACUUUUUAGCCUUUUUUUGACUGCCGGCGUAGCAAGUUAUGAAAGAUUUUGUUGCUGUGACUAGAAUCUGUGUUCUAAGAUCUUGAGUUUUAAUACUAGUGUGUUUCAUAAAUUAUAUACUAUGAUAAUUUCCAUGGUUGUUUUCGAA